CUAUAUACGUGGCUGCCUACGUGGCAGCCAACGUGGCUGUGGUGAUGCGUUGAUUCCAGCCUCUUCGCUUCAAUGUUAUAAAACGAACGUUAUAGGCCAUAGUUGUGUGAAGUUGUGAACGGUGACCACAUGCGCAAUACACAAACAUUUUAUUACUAGUACUACGCUACUGUGGUGGCUCGCGCAUCUUAGACCACAGAGUGUGUGUACAGGAGAACGGCCAGUGAUGAAUAUACACACGCUUAACCACGCGUUGAACAUGGCCCAUUUUUGCAUUGUAAAUUUGUAAACCAUCAAGUGUUUGAUGAAUAUCUAAAUUGCAGUCGUGUGCAAAAUUUGUAUGCCGUUUGACGUUUAUGCAGUUAUAUCUUUCUGAAUAUUAAGAAAAAUCAGUGCUCUUAUCUUAUCAGUGUUGAUACCUCGAAGUCCGAGUUUUUGUGUUGGGCCUUGCUGCCUGGAUAUCGGCGCCAGGGGGUCCACAAAGAAACUCGGAUUAUGAUAGUCCCUAUUUGUGUUUUGGAAUUGGUACACCACCAAAGAAAGCCUAGUUUUUGCAACCUAAUGAGAAUGCUGUAUAAGUGCGUUCCAAUGUUAAUCCUAUCCCUGGCUGGAUAUUUGACACACCGAGGUUAUUACUCACCGUACAUUAUUUUAUCGGAAUCGCUGGUGCAUCCACUAAAUGGCACGACUGACUUCGCUCAAAAUCUGGAGACCGCAAUUGAAAAUGCAAGAAAUGCUCUUCCGACCAAUCCCGACGACACCGCCCCACAAGUACUGGAGAUCGGCAGCAUUCUCAAAAUUCUGACAUAUCCGGAGGCUUCUGAAGAUAGGCAAGAUCCCUAUUCCUGGCUGAAAAACCUCGUGUCGGUCGCUGCGGGAGCAUGUAUAGGAGCAUGUAUAAGGGCUAUACCCGGCCCAUUAAUAAAUGCUGCUCUUAUACUCAAACUUGCUGUAGUGACUGUGGUGGUUUGCGUAGUUUACUUGCUGUACUACCGCUGCACACAGAUUUUUACGCUGAAAGGAAAUAUCGUAAAUAUACGAUGUGAAUGCGCAGAGCCGAAUGUUCUCUGUAGUCUGUAAGGCUCUGUAUAAGCCGUGUAAUCACAUAGCCGUGGCCCGUAUGGGCUCUGUAUAAGCACCCCUUGCUUUCACUUCUGAAUCAAGAAAAGACGAAUAUAA